UGCGGACAUGAGCAAUCAGUUCUCGACAGGACUUUAUCCGAGCAGGAUCUCACGGCGCUAAAUAAAAAAAAAGAUAUUACAAAAAAUCCUUAUUUCUUCUUAUAUAAAAAUAAACAGUCAGUUAUAAAAAAUCAUAGAUAGUAAAAAAUAAAAACAAUAUUAAAAGCCACAUGUGACAAUGGCAAUCAUCAUCAGGAAUCCAGUGUUGACAUUAAUAACGUUUACCUGGACCUUACCUAACAUUACUCGGAUUUUCUCCACAACGUAGAUGUAAACAUUGGCGCCAAGGUGUAGGCGCCGUCACAUUAACUUUAAAAAUCUAAACUAGAUAAAUUUUUGCACUAAAAAAUUAACAAAAUUAAUCUAAUAAUUUACAUGGAGACGGAUUAUGUUGACGAAGCUCAGCGACGGCUGGAAAAUAUUCUCCGACGUGCUCGACAUUUACGUUUACCAACGCGGGAAAUCUUGACAACACGUCCGGCGAAGAAACUCCUGACACGUACGAAAAAUGCACAUGCUUGGGUGGUUUUUCUUGGAACUUUUUUAAUACUUUUAAGUGGACUUAUUUAUUUACGUUGGACGACUCCGGAUGGAGAUACUAUCCGUACAGUUAUCAGGAAACCAUGUGGUCCCAAGGUAUCUGGGAAAUUCUCAGAAAGAGUUGCAGCACUUUUGUACACUUCUUCAACCCAAGACGACUGCUAGUGCUGUUGGUGCUGUGCAAUGCUGACAGGAUCGAUCUGCAAAAACGCUGAGUGUGAAUUGUCAACGGAAAACAAUGUAUAUACAAGAAAUGCCGGCACAAAACUCUUUAUGCUUUAGUAACAGAGCAAGAAAUAUAAAAAGAAUAUAACAAGAGAUAAGAAAUAAAUAAAUAAUAACAAUAAUAAUUGUAGAGGCAAAAAAUAUCUGGCUUUCCGACAACAACGGCUAUGACAACCAAGACAACGGCUCACAAGAGACUCGUGAUUUUAUUGUUAUACUUCCACACAAGUUAUACAUCUCAAAGUGUCUUCUUGUUGGUGAUGAAUCAGCAGCACAAUGAUUAGAAAUAAAAUUUAACUUUUUAUUAUUAUAUAAUCACGUUUUAAUACUAUAAUCGAAAAUUCAAUUUUUUGAAGACAGUAAAAGUAUUUAACCCGUAGUGGUCACACUUCUUAAAAAUAACGUAGUGGUCAUACUGGGUCUAAUUGACCCCAUUCACGGAAAAAAUUGUUGAUAUUUGCGUUCUUUUCAAUAUUUUCACUCAAGCUGUAGAUGAAAAUAAUUUUUAACACUUCCG